AUGGAGCUGCAGAGUGCUGAACAGUCACGAGAGGAAGAAGAAAGAAGGAGAGAAGAAGAGGCGGCAUUGAGGGCUCGAAAGGAUAGCAACGGCCAGAGCGUUGCUGGCUGGGGGACCCCGGGGUCCCUGGGGGGCCCCGGGGCCCCCUCUGUUGGUUCUUCUGAAGAUUUUCCUGAUCUUCUGGAGGGGGCAACGAAUCCGUACAGCAGCGGUGCAGCAACUCCGUCCAUCAUGACGCCUGCUGGUGGUGCUGCUGGUGCCCCUGUUGCUGCAGCAGCAACACCUGCAGCAGGAGGUGCAACCGGUGCAGCUCCUGCUGCUGCUGUGAGGGCAGCGUCUUUGGCUGGCGGCAGCGACGCAACAACCCCAGCAGCCACGCGAAAGGGGGGGGGCGGCUCGAAGGGGAAGCUGAAGGGUAACACACAGUCGCUGCAGGACUUCAUUGCCUCUGCUGCUCCCAAGAAAGACAAUACAGCGUUGCCUCUGGGGGCGACGGCGUGGUCUCAAGGGGCCCCCAAAGGCCUUGCAGCGUCUGUACCCCCACCAACGCCCAUGCAGCAGCAGCAGCUUCAGCAGCAGCAGCUUCAGCAGCAGCAGCUCCAGCGAACUGCUCCUACUUCUCCUGUGAAAAAGAGCGUCGCGGCGUCAAGAAGUUCUGGGCCCUCCUCUUCAGGACGCCCGGCGGAUGCGGAGUUCCCUUCCAUACCUGCAGGACCUUCUGCAGCAGCAACGGAGAAGGAUGCACCGAAGCGGGCGCCGGCGCAGCUGCAGGCAGCAGCAACGGAGAAGGAUGCACCGAAGCGGGCGCCGGCGCAGCUGCAGGAGUGGAAUUCUCUCCUGGCGGAAUGCGAAUUGCCUCUGGACGUUCCUAUCCUUGAGUACCUCGCAACGAUGGACCUGCAACGCCAGCGGCAACUCGUUCUCACAGAGUGGAAUUCUCUCCUGGCGGAAUGCGAAUUGCCUCUGGACGUUCCUAUCCUUGAGUACCUCGCUACGAUGGACAACCCGCUAGAGGUGGAGGAGUUUCUGCUGGAAAGCUUCCCUAGCCACAAGAACUUGCGGCUGUUUGCGGAGAACUUCGUCAUGACGAAUGACAAAUACAAUAAGAGGCCCCAGGACGAGAAAGGGGGCCCCCAGGGUGUGUUGGUCUGUCUUUUCCCCCUCUAA